AUGGCCGACUCUAAGGAAUCAUCAAAAGCAACUAAGAGUAAAAAAGGAAAGAAAGAAGUUAGCGGUGAUAGCUCAAGUGCAUCGAGUGUAACCGAAGAAAAUAUUGACGAUGAAUCGUGCGGUCAAAUUGGACAAGGCGUUGGUACAGCGGCCGUUUCUAUCAACCGAGAUGAAUAUUUGCAAGCUUAUCGAGAUCUUAUGUUUGACCGCAGCCAAUUGCAAAUAAAGAAUAAUUUACUUCACCGCCGUCUUGCUGAAUAUUACAAAAAGAGAAAACUUGAUCACGUCUUGAAGCCUUUAGAAAACGCACCACAUUUGGAGGAAAAAUAUCAGCAGAAAUUGUUUGCAUUUCAAGAAUUGAAAGAAAAGGAAGAAAUAGAAAUUACUGACAUAAAAUCAAAAUUACAUAUUGUUCAAGUUAAAUAUGCAGAUAAACUAGAGCAUGCUGAAAACAGUUUCAAGGCCCUUCAGACCUAUGAACGUAGUACUGGUACAGGCCUUAUUUAUUCUAAGAAAGGCAAACCAAUUGCAGAUAAGACUGUUGAACGGUUUCUAACUUUACAAAGGCGCAAAAGCGAGCAAGCAUCGGCUCUUUGCCUUCGAUAUAUCAGAGCGAGGAACGCUGUAAAUGAAUUAGAUUCUAUUGUACGUAAAUUAGAAAUGAUCGCUCCGGGGCUCAAUGUAGCUCAAUAUGAACAGCUGUAUAUUGACAAGCAAAAUUAUUUAUCAAAAAUAGAAGAGCGUGAAGAUGAACUUAUUAAAAAUCGAGUGAAUUGUACUGAACAUAAUCAAAUGCUAGCACACAUAAGAGAGAAAAUGCAUCAUACCGAUGAAGUCAUUGAUUUUACUGAGUGUGAUUUUGGAGAUGCAGAAAUUGAACUAACGAGGGCAAGAGAACAAUUGGGUGAAGUAAAGAGCAAACGCGAUCAUCUUCGUUGGGACCUGGAAAGCGAGCGAAUAAAAGCCGGCUUACUAACCAAAAAGGAUUUGUUGCGUGAUUUCCAAGACGCUACCGACGAGGUUGUAAGACUUAAGGAAAAAAAGAAACUGCUCCAAGCUCAAAUAGCUGAAACCUCGAAGCAAUUAAGAGAAGCCAGAACGCGUAUGCAAAUAAACCAAUCCUCAAAAGCUGAAAGUAGCAACGACUCAGAUUUCUUACUUUGA